AUGGCUGCUCAUGAAAACCAUAUUCCCCUAGCAUCAUCGAUGGCAUCUACAACCGCUUCACCUUCACCAACAUUGCUUCAACGUCUCGCCGUCGUACUUCCCAAGGAUGUCAGCUUUAAGAUUCACCACCUUUCCACUCCUCCCACUAAAAGUCCUUCAAUUUUCUCCGCACCGCCAGGCGCUCGUCCAGAACGAACCUACUGCGAAAGCCACUUCCUGACGGCUUCGAUAAAUGUUCCAGUUGCUGACAAUGGGACUGAAUUCGCGGAUGUUUUGGUAUAUGCAAUCGAGAUAUUGCUUUAUUCUACCGCAUACAAUACCACAUUUUUCGUUUCAAAGGCCGACUCGACGGGCUUUCUGCAUCUUCUGAAUUUGCCAAAGGGAACAUCUUCUCCAUUGAAACACAUUAGUGCUACAUUUUUGGAACAUCUUGUGGCUCAACACCGAAGACCAAAUAUUCGCAAUGUCAUAUCACUCUUUGCACGAGCCCAAGACCAGUACUUGUUUCCUGGGAGCGUGGAAUAUAGUGGCAAGCAUGUUCUUGAUGAUGGGGGAUUAAUUCGUUGGUGGUGUCGUGUACUAGACCCAUUGAUUACCGGUUCCAAUGCAAGCAAAGGUUACGGAAACAUCGAAGGAUACCUGAUAGUUCCCGGUCUGGAUUCUUACGAAACCUCCUCCUACUUUCCCAGAAAACCAGUUGCCGGUGGCUCGCCUUGGACCAUGGGACAUCCUUUGUACGAAAUAUCCCGACACUCCAAUAACAUUCCACCUCGGGCCCUUAUCCCACACUUCCCCGAUGACCCGAAGGCGAGAUAUCUAGACGAGCUUGACGAGGAAAUCACAAAAGAGCAAACCGAGUCUAGUGGGCAAUGGAAAAGUGUAAAGACCAUUGAACAAUUCUGGGACAUGAUGGCAUUUCGGCAGGAAUGUUCAGCUGGCAGGCGGGUUGGUUUCAUUUGGGUCGUGUUCAACCCACAGCCAACAGAAAAUUUAGAAACGAGUACUGUCGCAUUUCGAGGAGUGGGACGUACACCAUCUGACUCAAGCAGUCGCACGUACCCAAUUACACCCUCAGGUUCUUUCAGUGCGCCCACUGAGCAACAGUCUCUUGACCUAUCGCCUCCCCCGCUAUCUCCUGCCAAAGACACGCCCAAACUAGCUCCAAAACGCCGUACCACUCCCAAAAGAAAGAAGCUCACUGGUCCAAUCAUUACAAGACAACCAAAGAGCAAGACCGGGACCAAAAACUACUUCCUUAAAAUCCCGGAAUCUACAGCCUACUACUACUGGCCCUCCAGUGGUAGGGGCCAAGUUGUAGUGCAAGAAACGGAUUACAAACGUAUCAACGAAUUGUUACUCCGACUCGAUUUUGCAAAUAUAGAAUUGGCAUUAUCUAGCUCGAAACGAUGGACGAACGAGGUUCGGUCUGGUGCGCCAUGGAAUAUGAAAGAGGCGUGGGGACAAAUUGUCACGGGUACCAAGGCGAAAGAAGAUUCUAUUAUGAGUGGAAGCGCAGGUGCGAAUACUCUCAGUGUUGGCUUGGUUAGGAAGAAGAGGAAAGUGGAUGAUGUACCGCCGGUUGUGGCUGAGCAGGUGGUUAACGUUAUAGGACCUGGUGUUAUUCGGAAGAAGCCCAAGGUUCUGGAAGCUUGA